CUCACCCAGCCUUAUACCGCUAUUAAUUCUCCCUAAUGUAUGAUACACUACCUCAACAUUCAAUCAAUCUAUUACUUUAUAUUAUCUCACGUCCAAUAAUGAUGCGGUUUCGUGGUCCCAACGAUGGACGUCGCAGAACGGGUCAAAUUGGCCCUAGAAAUGAUACCGACAUGUGAACGAUGUAAACGACUCAGACGGAAAUGUGACACCGAACUUCCCAGCUGUCGGUUGUGCAGAGCAGCGCAUGCGAAAUGCGAGUUUAGGGAUCAUGUUCUUGGAGAGAUCGUUUCGAGGAGUCAAGUCAAAGAUCUUCUCGACCGAUGGACGGCUCUUCGGCAAGUUGAAGUUGAACUCGAACAAGAAGCAGAUUCACUCUCGCCCUCUUGGGACAAUCACCACCAGAAUCCGAGGAUUCCUUCCCGCCUCAACUUUGACGCUCACUUUCCAGCUGGAGCCGGCAACGGCCAUGGCCACGGCCACGGCCACGGCGACGAUUUUGUGUUUUUCGGAUCGUCGUCUGCACAGGUCUUGUCGACGGAGUUGUUGGCGGUAAUAUGCCCGGGGUCGACUUUACUACAGCAGCCACAAGAACCCUUCCUCUCAGGUAGUAGACGAGGAGGUCAAGGCCGUCGUCCUGAUCUCAACGAAUCAACAGUGGCAGUUGCUACGAUCGUACCGACAAAGGCGCUGAUUCUACGUCUACUCGACAUUUAUAACCGGUCGUGCAUGGUCUUUUGGCCCAUUCAUCUCGAGUGUAUGACUGAUGAUGAAGCAAUCGAGGGGUUUUAUCGGUAUAUGAUACAGCAACAACAAACGGACUCUGAGCCAGAAUCGCACUCACAACCACACUCACGACCUGUCGAUCAAAUUGGUGCUAGUCACGCGAACUUUCAGCUCGCCAUAAUCUGCUGUAUUGGCUGUGCAUGUGCCUCUGCCCACGGCAAUGCUACAAUGGCUCUCCGAGCCUACGAAGACUCAUUCUACAAGAUCGCCUCAUCAAAAGCCAAAAACGUGCUCUCGGAAGCGACGCACGACUCCCUCCGCAGCCUGAUGCUCGUCAUUAUUUACUUGUUAUUCAGACCCCAAAAAGGCGAUCUGUGGCUGCAUCUAGAAUCGGCCGUCCGCUUGGCCAUUGAGCUCGGGUACCAUCGAGAAGAUGCACCAUUCGCAGAGACCCCAAACCAAAAGGCGCAGAGAAGUCGCACUUUCUGGACCUUGUAUCGGCUGGACCAUAUGGUUGCCGAGACGUAUGGGAGGCCGACGGAUGAUUUGGAGGCUAUCAGUACGAUUGAAUUGCCGCAUCCGACUGCUGUGCCGACAACAUCCCCAAUGGCGGCGUCCCAUCCUCAUCCUCCCCAUCCUUCUGCUGCACCAGCAGAUCUCUCCUCCUUGCUGGCCUUGCUUAGCUAUAUCCGCUCCUCCGUCUUCAAGACCGUCUAUCUCCCCGCUGGGGUCUGGGGUGCAGGUGCAGGCUCGCCAGUCACCGUUGACGACGCAUACUAUAAAGUCCAACUUGAUGAGAUUGAGCAAUGGCGGCGGCAGACUACCACCACCGCAACGAAUGCCGACGGCCUCAAUACCUAUAGUCUGGCCUGCAUAAUCGCCUACCACUCUUCGGUCUUGUUUCUAUUCCAGAAAUCAAUGCUAUUCGCGCUGUCCAAACUGACAGAAGACUCCACAGUGGAGUACAGUGUAGACGGCGGUAGAAAUGUUGUGCCUGUUGGAUCCGUCGCUGUCCAGAGCUUCAACUCGGCCAUUGCGCUCAUAGACUGCUAUGAGAGGAUAAUUCUGUCUGACGACUCGGAGUUGUUUUCAAAUUACCCCGUGACAUUUGUGUCGGCACACGAAAUCUACGUGGCUAGCCUGACGUUUGUGGCAGGAUGCUUCUGUUUCCUUGAUGGCCGAAUCAAGCUGGAAGACUUGAGCACUGGGCAACAAGAGCUCCAUACCAAUCCCGCCGCCAGUACAAAACAGUCUUGGGUGUUGCUGGCGGGUAUCAGGGGGCAAGAUACAAGAGCUGAUAGACCGCUGCCAGUGCACCAGAUAUCAGCUUCGUGCAUCGCCCUGCUUACCUGGUGCACAUUCCAAUGGCCAGGCAUGAGCGGGAUGCUGGAGAUCUAUCGAGAACUCUCCUCGGAGGUUCUUCCAAAGAUGGCCGCAAAGGGUAUUGUGUGAGUAGCCGCUCGUUGGUGUAUCGGUUCCAACAGAUCCCGUGUGGCGGCGCAUACCCGGCAUGAAAAAAUGGAAGUCCAUGUUUAUACAUUGUCCCUCUCGAUCUGGCACCAACUGGAGAACCGUUAUCCCGCCAAAAAAGGUUCCGUCCAGUCGGGAGUGUGGAUAAACCCGUCCAGAAAAUCAAAAGUGGUCUCAUCCCAAGCAAAGUCGUCAAACCUCGAAAGAUCCCAAUCAAAGGCAUCGGCAUUGGAAAGUGCCGUCUCCAAGUCCUGGAUGCCCGUUCCACCGACACCAGUGUCUGCCGCCAGGGCUUCAAACCUAGUUGUCCCGGGGUACAACAAAUGUGCCAGCUCUUCAUCCUGUUCGCGACUGAAAGCAGCGCCCGGGUCGGUGCCGGACAUGAUUGCCUGAAUCAAAGGCGCCAGCAAACGAUUAUAUACUUCCAAGCACCGGGAUACCUCUGGCCAAUAUUCCGACGAAACACUCUGGAGAUUCCGCGCAAAGAGCGACGCCAUCUCGGAUAUUUCGCGGGGGCUGAACUUGGUGAGGAUGGCCUGGGAACCGUGUCGCAAACAGAAAAGAACAAUCACGGACGAGGCAAAGGUGUGGUGCGCCGCCAGCCACGGACGUCGGAAGUAGCCGCCCUGAAUGUCUCUACCGUAGCUGGAAGCCACGGCACAAGCAUUCUCAAACGCGAUCAAGAGACUCCUUGCAGUUGGUUUUGGUGUCAAUGGAGAUGGUCGAUGGAGGUAUGUUAGAGCAUUGUGGUAGGCCGUCUCGGUCCAGCCGUAGGUAUCACGGUGUCGAUCAUACCAGGUGCGAAGCUUGACCUCCAUCCCCGCAAGCCACUGGUCCCAAGAUCCGCCAAAGGACUUUCCUCGGAAAUGCACCUCGACCAUAUCCGAAUGGAUCUGCCGAUACUCCAGCCAGUGCAGGGCGGGCUCCUUGGAAUGACUUAGCAUUGGCGAAGAGCCGGUUAAUGGUCCUGCUGAGGUAGAGAUGCAUUUGUCGUCCAAGACGGAAAAAUGGCCUGUGCUGAUGGCCGCAUCGGACAGCGAGAUCGGAUACUGCAGCGCAGCGCAGACAUGUCUGUCAAAACAGUAGCUCAACCAGAACAGGCGUCUUCUCAUGUCCAUUGAGAGGUCGUCAAGAGUGGGUGUUCCGUCGUCUGGUUCUCGGUGCAGUCCGAGCUUCAAACACAUUCUCAUUGCUGAGCCUGACAGCAUCCAGACACUGGCGCAUCUGGGAUUGAUGGUGCCGUAAUGCAGUAUCAACAAAAUAGUCUGGAGUUCAGACAUCUCGGAGGGGAACACGGCCGGAUCGUCGAGAUGUCUCGCACCAUCUUGAAACAAACUUUCAGAGAAGGCCAUCCGUUGCUGACCAUGACCGCUGGAAGCGCUUCCUAGCGAGGCGGAGAUGGCCAGCACGAUAUGAACAAUGAGGAAGUCGUAGUCUGGAGCCACCGAGGGAACUCCUUGGUCGUGCACCAUGCCAAGCACUCUGUCGACCUGUCGCCACAAAGUAGGUUCGUGUACCAUGGGUAGUAGGGAGUGGACCUUUUCCACAAACACCUGGAUCAGCGUCCUCACGAUCCGCGGCGGUAUGGCAGCCAGAUUACGGACACUAAUGAAUCCCUGGGUUGUGCCGCUAGCUUUCGCGGUAGGGCCUUCAUUGCUGUCGUUUCUAGUGGCAUUGGCACUUGAUGCAAAGACUCGCGAAGACGUCAAUCCCAUCGUGUUGCGCGGUAUUUGCGAUGCCGCUGACCGGUCAGGAGUCAUGGAGCUGAUCAUCUUCCGCAAGCUGGGACACUGCCUGGCCUGAAAACGAGCUGCAUCCGCCGAUCUUGACGAGAUGAAUUGCAUGUCAUGUGUCCGAGUCUGGAACACAUCACUUUCUAGGACUUUUGCAUUGGAACUGUCCCCAUAUGUAUCGUGGCUUGUAGAGUCGCCGUCUCGGAAAAAGAAGGGCCCCUGGGCUCCAUGGCCACUAGUACGGCGUCUCUCGGGGCCGCGAGUCGAGUCUUGCAGCUUCGUCUCAAUCCGCCUAAUGUCUUCCAUGAGGAACUGCGUAAUGCUCCGCGGCACAUCGUGGAUCCCGUCCACGCUCGAGCUGGUGCAUUUGGCAUAUGCUGCGACACAUUGAGAACAUGGAUUUCCUUUGUCACACUGUCACACGACGCAACAUGAGGUCAACAAGACCGCGCCAAAGAGAAAGAGGAGACUUGGGGCUUCCGGUAAAGAGAACCCUUAAACUCACUUUGAUUUUCUUCGCCCGACAGCGAGCACAUGCCAAGGAUGCUCGCUGACAUCCUGCGACUUUGCGCGGCAUAUGAGGGCUACCUUUGUAGUAUUAGUAUCACUGUCUGUUCUUCGAGUCCUUCCACUUCUCAGCUAUCUCAGGCGCCAUUUAAUGGCCGAGACAGUGGAUAUAAAUGUGCAUGUCACCACCAUUUCACGUGCAUCUGUACAUUGGUGCAGAGUUGAAAUGGAGUAUGCAUUUCGAGAUUUGAGGCUGAA